UUCUUCCUGUCAAGUGUUCGCGCCCCGAGACCCGUAAACGUUCCCGGGGCUGGAGAAGAAGGCGCACCCAAUGAGCAGCGCGUCCGUGCACGACCACUGUACGAUGUUCCUUUUCUGUUCGAAGCGAGAGAACAGUUGCGCUCUUUCGUUGGAAAACCGGUAUCCGUGCAUGUAGACUAUAUCCAACCGAAAUUGGCCACAACAAUGGACGAGCGUGCUUGCGCGACCAUCCGAUGUGGUGCGACCAAUCUGGCCGAAUCCCUUGUCUCUAAGGGUCUAGCAAGUGUCAUCCGCUAUCGUAAUGCAAAUGAUAAUCGGAGCUCAUCUUAUGCUGAGCUACUUGCUGCUGAAGAAGAUGCUCAAACAAAAGGAUUGGGCAUGCACAAUAAAAACGAACGUCCAGUUCAUCGUGUAGCUGAUUUGACCGGGAACCUCGCAAAAGCUCGACAGUUUCUUCCAUUCCUUCAGCGAAAUCCUCGAACUGAGGGUAUUGUUGAAUUUGUGGUUCAUGCUAGCCGCCUUCGGGUCUACUUACCUCGAGAAACUUGCAUGAAUACACUUCUUUUGGCUGGAGUUCAGUGUCCCCGCCGAGGCAGGCCCAAACCUGAUGGCACACAAGAGCCAGAUAUGCCAUUCAGCGUCGAAGGUUAUAACUUCACCAAGGAUUUGUGUAUGCAACGCAAUGUUGAAGUAACUGUUGAAACAAUCGAUCGGGUGGGAAACUUUGUCGGAUGGUGCUUCCUGGAUGCUCCUGAUAGUGGGUCUAAACAACAAGGCGCUGACGGUCAAAAGUCGGGUAAGAAAAAGAAGAAAGGUGUGGAUGCGACGUCUACAAAACCGAAGGUCAAUCUAAGCGUGCUCUUAGUCUCACAGGGUCUUGCUACGGUCCAUCGAGCUCCUUCCACAGAGAACUCACCAUACUAUCAUGAUCUUAUUCGGGCUGAAGACAGUGCCAAGUCUGCUAAAAUGGGUCUAUGGUCUUCUGAAGAGUUUGUUAAACAAUGGGAAGCAGAAGCAAACGCUUUCGACGUUGAUGAGACACAAGGCGCCGAACACGACAUUGUGCUCCCCGGUGGUGUUCGUACCGGUUAUGUGGACGACUUCUCCCUAUUGAAUCUAAAUGGUCCCGAAGCGAGCCAGGAGAUGCCGAAAUUGGAUUGGAAACCGGUACAGAUCACAGCAUUCUCGCGACCAGCCGGUGGCGAAGGUCUUCGAUUUUUUGCUCAACAUCUCUCUGACUCUGCCACUAUCAUGCAAAUCAGUCGUGGCUUGAACUCACAACCUAUUCCUGUAGUUCCUGGGUAUCAACCAGAGAAAGGUGAAAUCUGUGCGGCAGCGUUCACGGCCGAUAAUUGUUGGUAUCGGGCCCGUGUUGUGCGUCGCAAUCCGAAAGGUGUGACUGUGCAGUACAUUGAUUUUGGAAACGAGGAAACCAUCGACGCAGCGGACAUAGCUGUGCGCACUGCUCCGCUUCCUUCUGGUCCGUUCAAGAGUGUUCCUCCUCAGGCACAUGAGUACAGACUCGCUUUUGUUCAGCUUUCACCCGAGGCCACCGAACGAGCCAUUGCUGAGCGUGAAUUUGCGAAACUGGUGAUGAAUAAAGAGGUGCUCCUUGCUAUGCAAUUCGAAAAUGUGCCCUGUGCUUACGAAACGNGAGUACAGACUCGCUUUUGUUCAGCUUUCACCCGAGGCCACCGAACGAGCCAUUGCUGA